AUGUUUCUGUUAGACUACAGCUGCAUGAAGCGUAAAAAUGAAGAAUUAACUAUUAUUCUCACAUGGAUAUUGCUGAUGGGAUGUGGGGUGCUUGCCCUGGGAAUAUGGCUGCAGUUCAACCGUGGCCCGUUCGUGUCCAUGCUUCCUGCGUGUCACAGCUUCCUGAGUGCAUCUGCACUGUGCAUCACAGCCGCUAUCAUCCUGAUCGUGGGGUUCCUCGGGUGCUGUGGAGCCUUCCUUGAAAACCAGUGCAUGCUGAUCGGGUAUUUUGUGAUGGUGCUGCUCAUCUUUGCCCUGGAGAUCACAGCUGGAACCCUGGGAUUUGUCAAGAAGGCCGAGGUGCAGAUGAUGAUAAAGAAGGAGCUACUGGCCAGCAUCCGCCAUGACUACACCCCAGCCUUGCAGGACCCCAACACAGACGGCUGGAUGGAGAUCAUCGACUCCCUACAGACUGACCUACAGUGUUGCGGAGUGGACAACUUCACGGACUGGUACCACAUCAAGGCGUGGCCAGAGGCCAUGCGAGUACCAGACUCGUGCUGUCUACAUCCUGUAGAGUUCUGCGGGAAACUUGACAAGUCAUUCUGGUUUGAGAGGGGCUGUCUCGGAGAGAUCGAGUACUGGUUUGUACGAAACAUGUACAUACUGGGAGUGGUCGGAAUUACAGUGGGCGUCAUACAGAUUCUGGCAAUGGUUGCCGCUGUCGUUUUAUUCUGUUAUCUUCGAAGUAAGAAGUUUAUGCUGUAACCUCGGAGACUAUUUCAUAAAAAGUGCAUUUACCA